GGUGUGAUGUGUUAAUUAAAAAGGAUGGCAACGUGGUAUGUUUGCCAAAAAUUUAAUACAAAGCACUGAUUUAGCUUUCAAGGUAAGAUGUUGACGAUACCUACUAAUUUCCCUCUAGCCAAUGUCAGUUCACUAGUAUAUCCUCUCUCCUCCUGCAUAGCCGUUGGGUUUUAUGAUAUGGAAGAGUUAUUUGCAUGCACUAGUUUUCUAUGGAGGGUGAUGUGGUUGUCUACUUUAUGUGUAUGAAUAUAACAUGCGAUUCCCAAACUGACAGCAUUUAACGCGAACUUUUUCAGUUCUCUCUCACCGUGAGCCGCUCCAACAACCAGCUGUUGGGUAGCCGAGCACGAGGCUGAGUCAAACUAGGUUAGAAAGGAAUGAUAGCAACAAAACGAAGACAAAAGUCGGCAGUUUAAUUUAUUACCUCCCCCCAAAACCUUCCACUUCCCGAGCCUCGCGUUCCUCUCCGAGCUCACUCUUGUCCGCUUGGGUUUUGGACUUUCUCCAGUAAAUAACGUAGCGGGUAAACGCUGAUUGAAUUUUAAUGAAAUGACAGUGUUUGAACGUGGAAAUCCUAGCUCUGAGCCACCCCCCCAUGUAGGGAUGUGGCCACGCAGCUCCCUGCCCCAUUUGGCUCCACCUUCCGCCUAAACUGCACUUUCGAACGUGAUAUCAAAAAGGGAAAAUGGAGAAAACAGACAUCUUUUUGUUGUUGUUGUUGUUGUUGUUUUUCUUUAAUAUAUAACCUUUCUUUGAAACGUGAGCUUUUUAUUUGCUCCUGGGGCUUGGCUCCUUCUGUGUCAACCCAUCAGGACCCUCUGUAGGCGCUGUGCUGGUGGCUCCCGCCCCUUCCACCCAACCUCGGCACCGCCAUGACCUUGGCCAAGUCUUUAAACCCAAACAUCGCUACAGGUUCUGCUUCCCUUCGUGCAAAAAACCUGAACGUUGGCCACGUAGCUUGGCUUGGCUUGGUUUUUAGUGGAGUGCAAGGCCCAGCUGAGGAGGAGCGAGCAACCAGAGAGUCAGUUCAGAUGCUAAAACGUAACAAAUAACGGUGUCGGUCUUUGGGUUAUACAGCUCUAGCAUUAACUACAGCCUGGAGGCAGGGGUAAGAGCAAAGCCAGCCUGGGGCUGCUCCUUCUGGCACUUAAUUAGAUUGGUCCUGACGAACUGAACCCCCAGGCUGACCCAUUGCAUGAGCGCCUCAAGCAGGCGGGGCCGGGGUGGAAGCCGCGCUUCGUCCGAUCGCAUUUGGAUGGUGGAAAAAACAAAACAGCAUCGACUUCAGGUCUAGGAUUAACUCCCAUGCCUACAAUUUUUUACUUAAUCUUUUAAUAUUUUUGCUACUCCACUCUGGCUUUUUAUUUAAAACACAUUCUUUUGUACCACUUAACUGUAUCAAAUUGUAUAAAAGAUCACUGUCCCAUUCUUGGUCAUACCAAGAGCAAAUAAAAGCUUUUAUAAACUUGCACUGGUUCCUUCCUGGGCCCAUCGUGUCCCACCGCGUCCCCCCCCCGAGCUGUGACCGUGUGGCAAUAAAGCCUUCCUGCUCUAAGGAAUGGUGUUUGGAUGCAGCCUUUGCUUGGUGUGCUGUACAGGAUCCAGUCCUGUUUGUGUCCCCACAGCUGCCCCAUGCGCUGCAACCCAAUGUGCCCCACGGUGGCUGCAGUUGGUGGCUGAGGCACUGCCCUUCCCCUCCAUGCAGGAGCUGUCGGCAGCAGCUUUGGGCAGUGCUAUGGGAUGGGGGUACGGCCACAGUUGGCCUCAUUUCCUCCUCCUGCAGCUGUGGCGGUGGGAGCUGGGAGAGGGGCUUCGUGCGGAGCUGCUGCCGGGGCUAUCGCAGCCAACAGUGCAGCCCUGCAGCCCAGAGGUGUCACUGUGCCACCGUCACGGUGCCGUCCGUGGGGAGGUGGUGGCUCUCGCUGCCCGCUGUGCUCCAGGUCAGAGUGCUGGGUGCUCUGAGGUGAAGCCCGGUGUGCCGGCAGAGGGGCUCCCUGCUCCAUCUCCAUCCCUUUCCCAUCCCCAUCUCCGCUCCAACCACAUCCCUUCUCCUUUCGUACUCCGUCCUCUGCUCCAUCCCUAUUCUUUUCCCAUCUCCAUCCCUGCGAUGUCCAUCUUCUCUGCUCCAACCCCAUCCCUGCUUUUUCUCCAUUCCCAUGCCUACUCCUUCUCUGCUCCAACCCCAUCCUUGCUCCAUCCUUCCCUGCUACAUUCCUGCCCCUUUCCCAUCCCCAUCCUUACUCUUUCCUCAUUCCCAUCUCCAUCCCCUUCCCACCCCAACGCUGAUCCAACCCCAGCUGUUUCUUCCCCAUCCCUCCUGCAUCCCCAUCCCUCCUCCUUUCCUGCUCCAUCCCCAUCCUUGCUCCAUCCUCCUCUGCUCCAUCCCUGUUCCUUUCCCAUCCUUAUCCUAUCCCUGCUCUGUCCCCAUCCCUGCUCUGGCUCCAUCCUGGCUCCAUCUUCUCUGCUCCAUCCCUAUCCCUGCUAUGUUUCCGUCCCCAUCCCUCCUCCUUUCCUGCUCCAUCCCCAUCCUUGCUCCAUCCUCUGCUCCAUCCCUGCUCCUUUCCCUGCCCCAUCCCAACCACCGCUCCAUCCCUAUUCCUUCCCUCUCCCCAUCUCUUCUCCAUCCCUUCCCUUUCCCCGUCCCGUUUCUUACUCCAACUUUACAGUCUCAUACGCUCGCUGAGUAUCCCGGGCCCAACAACUCUCAGGAGGGGCUGUAACCACCCCUCCGGUUCCGGGUCUGAGUGUGGGGAUAGCAGCCCCCCGGAAAGCCUUUAGGGGCCGCCCAAAGGGGGCGUCUCCCAUCUCCCCCCUCCCCCCCCCCCCCCUUCUCCAUCCUUACGCUCCUCCAACCCUUUCCCCACCCGGCUCCGGUCCCGGUGAACGACACCGAUGGGAAACGGAGAGGUGGCGGCCGCCUCCCCCCCCCCUCACCGCGGCCUCGGGGCCUCCUGAGCCCGACGGCGGCGAUGAAGCGGAGGAGAUGGAGAAGCUGGCGGCGGGGCUGGCCCGGCUCCGCUGGAACCCCGCGGCUCUGCCCCUGGAUGCCAUCGUCAGCAAGUGCCGGCUGCCCACGUUGGUGUGCCUGGGGCAGGGGGAGUCGGUGGAGGGGGUGAGCGCCCAGGAUGUGCUGCUGAUCCACUCGUGCCGCCAAUGGACGACGGUGACGGCCCACAGCCUGGAGGAGGGCCACUACGUCAUCGGCCCCAAAAUCGACAUCCCACUGCAGUACCCAGGGAAGUUCAAGCUGCUGGACCAGGACCGGGACAUCCGCGAGCCCGUGCAAUAUUUCAAUAGUGUGGAGGAGGUGGCCAGCAUCUUCCCAGACCGCGUCUUCGUUAUGGAGGCCAUCACAUUCAGCGUGAAGGUGGUGUCGGGGGAGUUCAGCGAGGACAGCGAGGUGUACAACUUCACACUGCACGCUGGGGAUGAGCUGACGCUGAUGGGGCAGGCGGAGAUCCUGUGCGCCAAGACGGUGAAGGAGAAGUCGCGCCUCAACACCCUCCUGCGGAAGCUGGGCAAGGCGGCGCCGGCGGCCGGGGCCAGGCAGGUGAAGGGCAAAAUGCCGUGCCUGAUCUGCAUGAACCACCGCACCAACGAGAGCCUCAGCCUCCCCUUCCAGUGCAAGGGCCGCUUCAGCACCCGCAGCCCGCUGGAGCUGCGCCUGCAGGAGGGUGAGCACACGAUCCGCAGCAUCAUCGAGAAGGUCCGGCUGCCCGUCAACGUGGCCGUGCCCAGCCGCCCGGCGCGCAACCCUUACGACCUGCACUCCAUCCGCGAGGGACACUGCUACAAGCUGGUGGGCAUCAUCUCCAAGACGGUGGUGCUGUGCUGCAUCCUCCGGCGCGAGCGCCUCGUGCCCUUCCACUUCUUGCUGCUGGCCGACAUGCCGCGCUUCCAGCUGCCCGAGGGGCUGCUCGGCGGGGACCCUCAGCUGGAGAAGCUGCUGCGGGACAGCGCGGCGUAUUGCCACGAGCGCUUCAACCCCGACGAGUACUCGCGGGCCGUGCGGGAGGCCAAGCCGGACUUCUCGGAGGAGUGCGCCAGCCCCCGGCGCCUGCGGCUCUGCUUGCCGAGCUGCGGCCGCGAGGAGCUCAGCCAACCCCUGCAGAGGCUCUCGCUCUGCUUCUACGGUGGGGGGCUGCCCCGCGCACCCCCGGAUUCGGCCACCCGCUGCCAGGACCCCCCCGAUUUUACCGAGCCUGAGAGGGAGUACGUGACGCCCGACUGGGCUGAGCCCGAAUUCAGGACUCAGGAGCCACUGGAGAUCCCCUACGAAGAGCUCUGGAGCAACCAGGGCCUGGAGAGCUGCUCUUCCUCACAGCCCGGCACUGCGGGGCGGCCGGACCUCAUCGCCUUCGGGGCCACAUCCCCGCUGGGCUCUCCGCGACGCCCCAGGGAUGAGCCACUGGGGGACGCACCACCCCCGGUGCCACCCAAGUCCGAGGCGGUGAAGGAGGAGUGCCGGCUGCUGAAUGCACCCCCUGUGCCACCCCGGGGUGGCCGCCCCACGGCCCCCUGCAGCCCCCCGGCCCUGCUGCGCUUCCCGAAGCUGACACCGGUUCCCUCACCCAGCCCCAGCCUGUCCUACUACUCCUCGGGGCUGCACGAUGGGUCAGCCCCGCGGAGCGGCAGCGGCUCGCCCUCGCCCGACGUCUACUCCCUCUAUUGCUACCCCUGUGCCUGGGGAGACUGCAAAGCCGGGGACCCCCCUGUCUGCCCGCUGCCCCCCGCUGCCCCCCCGGCCCCCACCGCCUGGUCCGAUCCCUGGGCCUACACCGAGGCAGGGGCCGGGGGGAACAGCGGCCGCUCCACCCCACUGCCAGCGACUGAGCCCCCUCUGAAGCCUUUCCGGAGCUGCCCCCGCCUCAAACCCCCGCACCCCCAAAAACGCUUUGCACCCUUUGGGGCGCUCAACCCUUUCGCCGGUGCAACUGAGUGGCCCGAGAGCCCCGAGUGGCCCAAACCGCCUUCAGCCCCGGCUGCGCCCUCCUCCUCCUCUUCACCAGAGCCCUUCGAGGGGCCGGAGCCGGUGGCCCCCCCGCGCCCACCCAAGGGCUUCGAUGGGGAUGGCAUCGUCAUCCGUGGCACGGCCCCGCUCUCACCCGCCAUGCUGAGAGGCGCUGAGGGCGGCGUCACCCAUCUCUACCUGGCACAGGGCGUCAUCGAGGUGCCACCGGGGACGUGGGGUGAAGGGGGGGCCCCGCCGGCUGCCCCCAGACCCAGCGGGGACGGCUCACCCUGGCUGCCCCCCGCCGACCUCUCGGCCCUGUCGGUGGAGGAGGUCUCCAAGUGCCUACGUUUCAUUGGUCUCUCCGAGGACGUCGUCAGCUUCUUCGCACGGGAGCGCAUCGACGGCAGCAUCUUCGUGCAGCUCAGCGAAGAGAUCCUGGCUGACGAUUUCCACCUCACCAAGCUCCAGGUGAAGAAAAUCAUGCAGUUCAUCAAGGGCUGGCGCCCCAAAAUCUAGCCUGAUGACGGGGGUACCCAUGGGCACCCCAACCCAGCAGUGCCUCUCCCCGGCCCAGUGUGGGGUUUCCUCCUUCCUGAGCCUCUCCUUUUCCCGUUGUAACACUGGACAGUUCAUUUUGGCCUGAAAGGGCUGGAAAAUAUUGGAGUUUGCAUUGACUGGUUUAACUUAAUCCUUGUGGAUUAGCGUAAUAAAACACAUGGGAGAAAACAA